AUGGAAAAACAGGCGAACAGGACAGAACGGCUUGGUGUAUUACUGUCGUCACGCAACGCUUUAGUACGACAUGAAGCCGCUCAAGCUCUUGGUCAUUUUCCGCUCACAAAUCCCCACGUUAUUGAUAUUCUAAAGAAUAAUUUCCAAGCAAGUGCGUGGGAUACACGAGAGGCGGCAGUUGAAGCAUUCCGAGCUAUUCUGAAAGCUAUGCCUUCCAAAAGUCAAAUCGUUUCACCACGGAUCGACAGUGUUUCCCGAUUGAAUCUGGAAGAUGUUGUACGCACAUAUCAUCCGUUACUUAGCUGCGAGGCAGAAUUGGUGACACGAAUGGGUGUUUGUAGUUUCGGUGAACAACGGAAAUUGGUUGAUGAACAGCUUGAUUUCCAAUCUGUUGUUGGUAUCUCAUCUGGAACAUUUCUUUCGGAGGAUGACUUCAGUUUGUCUGGAAAUAUCAAGGAGAUUAUCCCAGAGAAAAAACUAGAUCCUGUAACUGCCGAUACUGUUGGCUGUGACGACAGUUUGGAAGAGCUAGAUGCAGCUGUAUAUUCAGUCUGUAUCCAGUUGAUGCGUGAUGUAGUUGAUGUGAAAUGGGAAAUUCGACAUGGAGCUGCCCUGGCAAUCGCUUGUAUCUUAACAGUUGCUCCAUCGCGGCUUCCACCAUCAUUGGUCGAUGUUCUAGCAACUAGGCUCCUUCAAGCUAUUGCACUGGACAAAUUCAUUGAUUUUUCUUCCGGAAGGACAGCAGUAGGUCCAGUUCGCGAAGCAGUUGCAGAAUGUAUUGCACGCCUGACGAUGGUUUUUCCAUUUUCAGAAUUUGUAGAUAUCAUUUUUGACCAUAUAUAUACGUUACAUAAAAUGACCUGUGGUAUUCAAGCUGAAUGCCAAAACACUAAUGAUUUGGAAUCUCAUAAACAUACGUGGUUCCAUCGUCAAGCGGCAUUAUUGAUAAUAAAGUAUCAUCUUGCUGGAUCGUAUUACGAUGUUAAAUUCAAUGAAAUCUUCAAAUUAUUACUAUGUUCCUUUGAGGAUUCCCACGACGAGGUAUGUGCUUCAGCUUUGUCUGCGAUAACCACUCUUUUUUGCAAAGCUGAUUUGAAGCCAGAAGUGUCGGAAAUGAUCUCACAUGUGGAACACGUUAUCUAUCGUUUCAUCGAUUCUACAUGCAACGUUUCGAGAAAUCAGUUACUGGAUAUUGACACCGUAGCAGUUGAUCUUUUGUCGUUGUUAGUUAUCUGGCUGCAAGGUGAUUCUGCACGAAAAUUACCCUACCCCGUAUCGAAUAAUCUUGCUCGUCUUUUGGAUCCGUUGCACAUCACUUUAUCACUUAAAGUAAUCAGUGUUUUUUCUGUAUCAUUCUCCAGGUUAUCACCUUUAAAGGACCAGAACGAGUGUGAUGAAUUUGAAGCAUGUACAGUGUCAAUAUUAGCGUCUUUAUUUCAUAUUGUCCUUUUUACUGCACCACAGGAUACGGAGGAUCUCAUCGAAGCUUGUAUAUUAUGCGUUCAUCGUAUCGUCGAGUCUUUUAUAUUUGCAAAGCAUUUACCACAAGCUUUAGUUGAAACAAUUGGUCGUUGGACUGCUUGUCUUCUUAUUGAUGCACGAAAUGCAGAAAUUGAUCUCGAAAAAUGCAAUGUGGGUUCAGGCACUAGCCGAAAUCCGACGGAAUGCCUAUGUGGUGAUGAGAUACGAUCUUUGAGCGAUAUGAUUCGGAUUGAUGUUGUCCUAACGCGUAAACUACAUGUGGCUCGUUUUCUAGCUCCUCUGAUUUCAGCUAUUUAUAAUUUCCCUUCGAAAAUAGGCAAUCAAUUACUAAGUGAAGCAGUCCAACUGCUAAUUACUCCUACAAUGAAGUCUCUAGUAAUCAUGCAUAGACUUGGCGGAGUAUUACUAAGUCACGCUUGGUUUACAUAUGUCUGGAGGUCGGGAAUAACGAUUGAUAUUCCCAAUUAUGUAGCUGAAGUGCUUCACGGUUUAAUUAUGUCACCAAAUGCUGCUUAUGAUGACGAGAAGAUGUUUUUUUUAUAUCUCGAUAAUGCUUAUAAAGAUUUUGCAUCUUAUUGUCGGAAGAAAGGAGUUACUGCAGCUGAAAUAUUCGAUGUGGAAGGACAUGGAGAUACUGUUGAUAACAAUGCAAGUGCACUUUACGAUAUCUGCUACAAUAUUUUGAGAGAAACGAACGACAGAGAAAUAUUGCGUUUGAGGUAUGAAAGUUUCAAGUAUGCCGUCGCAACAGCCAAAGCAGUGAUGACAUCAAACAUCUCACGUGUUAAUGCACUGACCGUUUCUUCCUUACUAUUAAUUUAUCCGAGGUCCUUGUUGGAUUCUCCAUCACUGAAUCCUUUUGUAAAACCUCUGAUGGAACUUAUUCGCUAUGAAGAAAACGUAACGUUUGCUCAGUAUGCUCUAAACUCAAUACCAAUUCUAUUUCGAAUAGCUUCUGAAAAGCAACCGAGUCCUCACGCUAAGAUGAUCAAGCAAAUAGUUGUAAGUUUGAUUUCGUGUGCUAAUCGAUUUCCUCCAGAAACUGACAGAGAAGUGGUUUUAUCACAGUGUUCAAGGGGACCUUUUUCUUCACGAUCUCAAAAUGCAGAAUACGUCAUUCGCAUGUUGGUGACACCUAUUGCCGGUACCGAUAUGGCUUCUCUUUUGGAUUUCAGAAAUCGCAGUUCCUUGAAGGAAGCAGCUAUGUUUAUGAUGGCUUACACUGUUUUCGUUGAUGAAAGUAGGAUACAACAACGUGUUCCGCCUCAUCUCUCCGACGUUGUUUUGGAGCUUGGAAUACACUUGACAUCAGAAAAUGCAGUUGUUCGAUAUUGUGCUGCGCAAUGUUUGAGUAAUAUCGCUCGCAUAGAUGGAUUUCUUCGAUCAGUAUUACAGGCUGCUGUAGCACCAUUGCAAAAGAAAUUACGCACUGGAGAAACACGGGCACACGUUCGAUGCGGGCUUGUAGAACUGCUCCUUCUUCUUAGUGGUUUCCAUGUGGAAAUGCUGGGAGGUCUUCGUUUACUGGCUCCAAUAUCUCUACGUCUUAUGGCAGACAGUUGUCAGGUUGUACGGGAAGCAGCGGCAAUAUCUUUUCGUAAUUUUGUACCAUUGAUGACGUUAAAAGCAAACCGACGAAUCGAAGGAGAGCGAGUUUUGGAAAAUGAUGUAGCAGAUGAAAUUUUUGGUGGUAAUACUCUUGAUCUGCUAUUGGGCGAUCCUAGUCGGUUACCAGAAUUACGAUUGACUGAUAUCAAAGGACUAAAUGCUUCGACUUGUUUACGGCAGUAUCAGCAAGAGGGUAUUCGGUGGAUGUCAUUUUUGGAAGAGUAUGGAUUAAGUGGCAUACUUGCUGAUGAUAUGGGACUUGGUAAAACCCUUCAGACACUAUGUUUAUUGGCAAUGAAAAUCAACCGUAAACCUCAAGCAAAAGUUCUAAUUGUGUGUCCUCCAACUUUGGUUAAUCACUGGUGUGCCGAAUGGUUGAAAUUUUUUCCAUCCUUAUCACCAUUUCAUAAAAUCGAGGAAGGCUGUAAAGAAAAGAAAUUGAUGGAUAAGUCGCAAAAAGUUACAGUUAUAUCGUACAACACCGUGCGGUUCUGCACGUAUGUUCAAGAUAUAGAAUGGUAUUACAUGAUCUUAGAUGAAGGUCACAUGAUAAGAAACCCUACCACGCAGUUGUUUAAAGCUUUAACUAACAUCAAAGCACAAAAUCGUCUCAUACUUUCUGGAACUCCUGUUCAGAAUACUCCAGCAGAUCUUUGGGCUCUUUUUCAGUUCCUGAUGCCUGGUUAUUUGGGGACAAUGAGACAGUUUAAAUUGACCUUUUUAAAUGCAAUAAACGGAUCACGAAAUGUUAAUGCUUCCGUUCAGGAAAUAAAGGAGGGCCAGGAUGCGUUGGAGCGGCUACACAAAUCAAUUUUACCAUUUGUUAUGAGGCGCCUGAAAAAAGACGUGCUUGAAGAUCUGCCCGAGAAGAUUGUGCAAGAUUACAUGUGCAGCAUGACCAUUGUGCAACGCUUUGUAUACAACCAUAUUGUCGACAUGUACCAAUCCGCUCGUCGAACUUCUACUAAUCGUCCAAGUUUUUGUGCUCUAGAGACUAUUGCUGAACUUCGGAAGUGUACUGUUCAUCCUUCUCUUGUGAGUCACAAGUCGCUGGAAGAUUUGCACAUGGACAAGCUGCGGGGUUGUGUUGAGGAAUCCGGUAAAAUAAUCGCUUUGAGAGAACUUCUUAAAGAAUGUGGCAUUGGUUCGCGAGAACACUAUGCACUGUCUGAGGAAUCUGCAGUGCAAGAUAGCGAAAUAUCAGAGACUGGUAAUGGCCAUCGCGCCCUUAUAUUUUGUCAGCGACUGGCCACAGUUCAGCUUCUUGUGAAUCUAUUCAGUUCGGGAGAAUUAGGAUCUGAUAUAAGAUAUGCUGUACUGGAUGGAACGGUAGCCUUGAAUGAGAGACAUGCUGUUGCUGAAAAGUUCAAUAUCGAUCCUAGUAUACAUGUGUUAAUUCUUACGACAAAUAUAGGUGGCGAGGGACUCAAUUUAAUAGGAGCCGAUAUUGUUAUUUUUUUGGAACACGAUUGGAAUCCGGUGAAAGAUUUGCAAGCUAUGGAUCGAGCCCAUCGCAUUGGACAAAGAUGUGUUGUGAAUGUUUAUCGAUUAAUUACAGAAGGUUCUAUCGAGCAAAAAAUUAUGCGAUUACAAAAAUUUAAGACAGAUACAGCUAAUGCACUAGUUAGUGCGGAUAACCGUUCUCUGCAAACUAUGGCUACAGAACAGCUUGUAGAACUUUUUGCGAUAGACGAUGUCUUACCUGGAACUAGUGUUGAUGCACGCUUUUCAAAGAAAUCACGUAACAGUGAUGCACCUUCAACUUCUGACAAACGUUUCACAAGUUCGGAUAUCGGAGAAAAAUUGAACAUUGAAGAAUUAUGGGAAUUGUCACAGUACGAUCGUUAUAAUGCUUCUUCAAUAGCGCAUUCCUUCGAAUUACCUGGAUUAAAUGACAAUUCUUCAACAUUAAUUUCGGACACCUCUGGCAGUAGUGGCAUUGCUAGUGAUAGCAGUAUAUGUAAAAAACUUCGACUUGAUGAUUGA